AGAUCGCAAAGGUUGGUGAGCUGGAAUCUUCUUUUUUAUCCAAUCCUGACAUCCCAGCUGAACACAACCUUUUGGAAUCCAGCAUGAGGGUCUCAGUGUUCCUACUUCUGCCACUUUCUGUGGCAGGUUUCAUUCUUCCUGUUCCACGUCCUGAGGACUGUGAUGAUGUCUUCAGAAAUGGCUCCAUACACAGUGGGGUGUACACUGUCUAUCCUCGAGGGUACAACCAGGCUGUCCAGGUGUACUGUGAGAUGGACUGUGAGAAUGAUGAACACAAAGGAGGAUGGAUGGUGCUGCAGAGGAGAAUGGAUGGCACUGUGAACUUCUACCGACCCUGGGCUCACUACAAGACAGGCUUUGGAAAUAUUUCUGGAGAACACUGGCUGGGACUGGAGCACAUCUUUGCUAUUACCUGGCAAAAAAAGUACAUGUUGAAGGUGGAAAUGGAAGAUUUUGAGGGAGGAAACGUCCAUGCCUGCUACACCUCCUUCUCUAUCGAUACUGAAUCUGAAGGAUACAGGCUGCAUCUUGGCAAAUACAUAGAUGGAGGUGCAGGUAAUGCUCUGAUAUAUUCCGUUGGGAGUUCAUUUUCCACCUUUGACCAUGGACCUUAUAGCUAUUACGCUGAAAAAUAUCAAGGAGGAUUCUGGCUCAACUACUAUCCUUAUGCAAACCCUAAUGGCUUAUACAAAUGGGGGAGGCACUCAACUUCUAGUACAGGUGUCCUAUGGAGCUUUUGGAAGUCGAAGUAUUACUCUUUGAAAGCCAUCACCAUGAAGGUCAGACCUGUGUCUCUGGAAGACCUGACAGGGCAAGCCUCCCUAAACCUCCAAACCUCCUUCCCCUUUUAUUAACUAUCUCAAGGGGCCCCACUCUGGGUUUGUCAACAAGAUUCAUGCAUUAGAUUCCAUACUGGGGUUAUUUUGGGGGGUUGCAAUUAACUUGAUAAGAUGACUUAAUUUCUCUCCUAUUUUAUAAUUAUGCUCACCAAGGCCACUCUUGCCUUGGCUUCUGUUGUUGAUGUUUAGUUUAGUUUGGCUAGGUAAGCAGUGUUUGACUAGAUAAGUGGUUUGUUCAUACAUUUGCGUGUUGCGGUAUUACGAUUUAAAAAAUUAAAUAAAAAUUAAAUUAAAUUCCGAUGUUCAAAUCCUUAUCUUUGUUGUGCAGGUAGCAGUUGAAAUUGUACUUCCCUCUAGGGUCUUUCAGCGCACUUAUCCCUGGUUAUGGGUAUGCACUUUGCACUUUGUUGUACGUCGCUCUAGAUAAGACCUUCUGCCAAAUGCCAUUCAUGUAAAUGUAAUGUAAUGUAAUGUUGUAAUCACCUGAUCACCUGCUUCCAAAUAAACAUCAUCCUGUUA